CAUCUCGUUCUUCCGCACCACAUCCUCCCCUUGUCCUUCGCCAUGGCCACGCUCGACCGCCACGCGCAUGCCCGCGCGCUGCUCGGCACCACCCGCUUCGAGCGCGUCGCGAGCGCCCGCGUGCUCGUCGUCGGCGCCGGCGGCAUCGGCUGCGAGCUGCUCAAGAAUCUCGUCCUCGUCGGCUUGAAGGACAUCGAGGUGAUCGACCUCGACACCAUCGACCUGAGCAACCUCAACCGCCAGUUCCUCUUCAACAAGUCGCACAUCAAAAAGUCAAAGGCGCUCAUCGCCUCGGCCACUGCACAGUCCUUCUGCCCCUCGGCACGCAUCACGCCGCACCACGCCGACAUCAUGCGUGGCGGGCCUUCCGGCGCAGACGAGGGCGCUCGCUUCGGCGUUGCGUACUUUGAGCAGUUCGACGUGGUGCUCAAUGCGCUCGACAACCUCGAGGCGCGCCGCCACGUCAACCGCAUGUGCGUCGCGGCCCGCGUGCCGCUGGUGGAGAGCGGCACGGCGGGCUUCCUGGGACAGGUGCAGCCCAUCAUGAAGGGCGUCACCGAGUGCUACGACUGCGUGGCCAAGGAGACGCCAAAGAGCUUCCCGGUCUGCACCAUUCGCUCGACGCCCAGCACGCCGAUCCACUGCAUUGUCUGGGCCAAGAGCUGGCUCUUCACGCAACUGUUCGGCGCUGACGACGAGACGGAGGACGCGGAGCUGGACAAGGCGCUGCAGGAUGGCGAGAAUGCCACGGAGAUCAGCAACCUUCGCGCCGAGGCGCAAGAGAUGCGGAACCUGCGUGUCUCCCUCACCGAGGCCGGCCGCACAUCGCGCGAGAAUGCCGCACAGGUGUUCGCGAAGAUCUUCUCGUCGGACGUCAAGCGGCUGCUGGGCAUGGAGGAGAUGUGGAAGAACCGCCGCAAGCCGGUGCCGCUCGACUUUGAGGAGGCCAUGAGUGCCGAGCAGGCCGGCCAAGGCUCUGGUCUGCGCGACCAGCGCGCAUUGAGCCUGAGGGAGACGGUCGAGCUGUUCGAGCAGAGCCUUGCGUCGCUCUCUGCCCGCGCGGCCAAGAGCCCUGAGGACCCGCUCUCGUUCGACAAGGACGACGACGACGCGCUGAACUUUGUCACUGCCGUCGCCAACCUGCGUGCGCGCGUGUACGGCAUCGACACGCGUACGCGCUUCCAGGUCAAGCAGAUGGCCGGCAACAUCAUCCCUGCCAUUGCCUCGACGAACGCCAUUAUUGCCGGCGCGCUCGUGCUGCAGGCGCUGCAUGCGCUCGAGGGAGACUGGAAGCAGGCGCGUCUCGUCAACAAGACGGCCAUGCCGCGCUUCCUCGUCGGCUCGCAGACGUGUGCGCCGAACCCGGCAUGCGGCGUCUGCGCCGACGUCUACGUUGCGCUGCAGGCGGACGCGACGCGCUUGACGCUCGGCCAGCUGCUGCAGGACGUAGCUCGCGCGUCGAGAGAAGACGGAGGGCUGGGCAUGGAGACGGAGGAUGUCGAGGUGUACGAAGGCAGUCGUCUGCUUGCCGACUCGGACUUUGACGACAACCACGAGAAGACGCUGGCGGAGCUCAACAUUGGCAUCGGCAACUUCGUGGCGCUGGUGGAUGAGGGCGGCGAAAAGUCGACGAUUCAGUUCGUAAUUGAGCGCCUCUCGCCCGCUUCAAGCAGCGCGGGCGACGAGAAGGCAUGGGCACUGCCGCCCGUCGAGAAACUGCCGGCGCUGUCGGACAAGGUGGAGAUUCCGGCCCCGGCGCCCGACUCGGACGACGACGAUGACGAGGUGGCCGUCGUGGACGCGCCGAGCGCACCCAAGACUGCUGGCGCAUCCGAGAAGGCGUCGCGCAAGCGCUCGGCCGCAGACGACGCCGACGCGCCAGACUCGACGGCAGACGCAGCAGCGGGCGAGAGCGACGUCAAACGUGCGCGGAUACAGCAGACGGGCGCAGAUGCCAGCUCUGCCAUCGAGCUGUAGCAGACGGGCUCCUUUCGUGUCACACGUCUGCCUUUCACACGCGCGCUUCACGGUGAGCGGAGCAAAAUUAUGUGUUGAGAGCCUCCAUGCGAGCGUGCGAUCAGGGAAACGGGACAUAAGCGU